UGGCAGAGGCGCGGAGCGGAAGGCUGCCCUCUACUGCUGCUGCUGCUGCUGCUGAGGCGGCGACGGCGGGAACGCGGCGGGCAAAUGCAUGGCGAGCUUCAGCCUGAAAGCGCCGACGAGGUGAGCGAUGAGUCUUUGUGUGUCCCUCUACUACUAGCUGGUGUCUCGCCAGAGCCGCGUUCGUUUGGUCUCGAAACAUCACCAUCACAUCACAUUGCAUCACGCCGUUCUUUUCUUUUCUUUUCUUUUGCGCGAAUGCGACCGACGGCUUCCUCCUUCACAACCUGCAUCGCGCCUGUCGCCAUGUCCUCUGCGCCAACCCCAUUGUAGCCUGUCUGAGUACCGUUCAUGUCUGGUGGUAGUCCCAUUGCACACGCUACCGUUACAGGAUGCCGCCUGCCAACUCGCCUGACGCAGAACAACCCCCGUCCUUUAUUUCCGUCCUGCGCGAGCUCGACUCCCAAGAGAGCGACGACAUCUUCAACCUGGCUGCGACGCUAAGCACCCACACCGACGAGGACGAGGACGACGACGUCGACGAGACUCCCGCCAGCCUACCUCAAUUGCGCGCCGCACGAGACCACGGCCAGCUGCGCCUGGAUAGAUCACGGGAGCGCCUGCGCUUGCUGGAGAGGCAGCGAGACGAACUCGACCAGCGCGAUAGGCUGCGACGAGUUAUGAGCCGCCUCAGUCGCCUAAGCGACAGCACCACCACUGCCUAUGGUGAUCGCGUGCCCAGCCAGAACAAUCUGUACGACUGGUCCCCUGCGAAUGAGGCCGACGACGAGGACGAGCUGGACCACAUCCUCGCUGACCUGCGCCGUGAGCAACCAAACACACACCCCGACAUCCUUCGAGUGCUGGGACAGUCACAGCUGGACUCGGAGAGGGCGCGCAUAUGGUCCAUAUCAAACCGUCUGCAGAGCAACCAGUCAUCCCAAGGCGCAGCCGAGAGCUCGCUGAGGUCCACGGCUAUCCUCCAGUCACUGCGAAGACAUCCACGCUUCUCUGCGCGCACCAGAGACUACUUGCAGCGCUAUCAGUCCGACCGUGACCGAGAUCCUGCAAGCAGACCCGACCAAUCCAGCGAAUCGCGAGAACGACACAGCUCUGAAAGUACUGCCCGCCAGAUGGCCAUGCAGCGCUUGUCCGAGGGCAGGACAUCGCUCGACAGAGAAAGGCGUGAUAUGCUCUCGAGAGCCGACUCGUACCGACGAAGCUUCCACGACCGAACCGCCAACUCGUCACCGCCCGUUUCGCCUGUGCUCGAACAGACUGUCAAGUACCUGUCUCGAAUACGCCAGUCGAAUACAAUAGACGAUAGCGCCAACUACGCCCUGGAAGCCGGCUUCUUGAGCAAAGAUUACUUCUGCAGCCACUAUGCCGACUUCGUCACAGACACCUUCACAAUACCUCCGCCGGCCGAGACAUCGUGGCUCGCACCUGGCGCGGUACUAUCAGGGUGCCAACACGCAACGAGUGUGGCAACCACCGUCACCACCACUGCGCCUGGAUCAUCUACUUCCCUGCAUCGCUUUCGAAUCGUCGACGGGUUAGGCGGUGCUGCGCUUCCUACUCUUCCCCCUCCAACCCGCCCAUGGAUAGCGAACAGCUACUCAACCACUCCGAGUCCAUCACAAGGGCAUGAAGGGCUGCCCGUACCGCCACAACAAGAUCGCUGGCCAGUCAAAGUCACAAUCCACUCCGUAGACUGGGAGAAGAUGACUCUCUCCGCAACAAUGGAAGCAUAUAACGUACCUUCCCAUCCCCACUUGCACCAAUCUCUCUUGAACCCCUCCACCCCCACCAACGGAACCGCAUCCACUCAACAGUUCACGCGCACCUCCUCCAUAACAACGUACCUUGAAGGUGAAAUCGUCGACUUCAACACACACACUCUCCUCACUGAAUCCUUCAAAUCGACCGCCGCAAAUGACGCUACGUAUUGGAGAAAAUUGCCGCCAUUCCGAGAUAUGAGCGACGACGAAGUUGCGAGGGCGCUGACAAGUAAAAAGUGGCUUACUGAGGUGCUGGGUAGGGAAUGGAUAUUGAUGCGUUGGAAAGAGCGGUGUUUUGUCAAGAGCCUGAACCGGAGUACUGGUGAUCCUGUACAAUCACCUCCUUCAACGACCACUUCUCUCGCCGGUGGGCCAGUACAUGAUUCUUUCCGAUCCUCGUCUACAGCAGAAAAUCAUUAUUACCCCUCCACACAUGCAGCGCAACCCCAAGCUUCGCCUUACCGCAUUGUCCGUAACCAGCAGACUGGCCGAGCAGAAGUCGAGAUUUCACCUCUGUUUCAUGCGACUCCGAACGAGGCAGACCACGCUACCUUUGACGAUUCGGGCUGUGGACUUACGAUUAGUGGCUUUUAUUAUGUUUGUCUACGACGGAGUGAUGGGAAAUUGGAAGGUUUAUAUUAUGAUCCACAAAGCAGUCCGUAUCAGUGUUUGAAACUGGAGAGUGUGCGAGGAGGAAUGUUCCCUGCCUGGGGAUUUCGGUAGGAGAGUUGUGUGCGAACAAGAGAGAUGAAGUGCCAUAUUGUUUUGGCAUUACUAUUGCAUAUAUCGGCGUUACUAGGAUUACAUCGCCCACUGAGGCUUCUGGGUUUACUUGGGAUUAGACGGGAUAUGCGCAGAAGAAUAGACAUGCACGCGCUUCUG